AUGAUUCUUGUUAUUAGCACAGCACAGAUUUCUAUUGUUGCCACAUAUUUCAUGCUAUGUGCUGAGAACUACCGUUGGUGGUGGAAGUCAUUCAUUGUUAGUGGAGGCUCUGCAGUUUACGUUAUGGCAUACUCAAUCUUCUACUACAACACCAAGCUUGACAUCGAAGGAUUUGUGCCGACCGUACUGUACUUCAGUUAUUCCGCCCUGAUGGCGAUUACUUUCUGGUUCCUGACCGGUACAAUCGGAUUCUACGCGUCAUACGCAUUCUUGCGACGUAUUUAUGCCGCCGUGAAGAUUGACUAG